GCAUGCUUCUAGCUUUGUAGGCCAAGCCAAAUUUUAUUUGGCGUUGUUUUAGUUCAGUUAUAAAUUACGAUAAUUAAAAAAACAUAAUUUGCAAUUAUUUUUCAUGGUUACCGCACUAUCGGCUAUUAAACCUAAAUAGAUGGGUAUUCUUUAUCAGUUAUAACAAUAGUGGGUGGGUAAAAUAAUUGUUUUACUAUGACUGACGAUGGUAUAAAUGCCUUGGAGGAAAUAUUAGAAAAAAUAGGAAAAUGGGGCAAAUUUCAAGUAUUUUAUUAUUUAUGUUUAGGGUUUGUGGUGAUUUAUUCAGUGUUCACGAUGAAUUAUAUUUUUGUUGCUCGUGAUAUUAAAUACAGAUGCUACAUUCCAGAAUGCGACCCAGAAUCUCCAAAAGACGCCAAAUACAAUCCAGAAUUUCUAAAAAACUUUGUCACAUUCAAAGAAGGCUUUCCAGAUAGAUGUUCAACAUAUAACAUUUCACAAACAAACCUCUCUUCUGUUCCAGAAAUGUGCACCCAAAAUAACUAUAGUUUUAUUGGUAAUCGUGAGUCUCACAAAUGUAGUAACUAUGUUUUUGAGAGGCCUGAAAGGACUAUCGUACAUGAAUUCGAAAUAUUCUGUGGAGAAAAUCUUUGGAUGCUGACAAUGGUGGGCAGUGCAAACGUAGCUGGAGAAUUAGUCAGUUUGUCUUACACUGGAUUUUUAUCUGACAAGUAUGGACGCAAGACAAUUAUGGCUCUUAGCGUUCUUCUAAGUAGUAUAUCAGGCAUUACUAAGUCAUUUUCCGUCAAUUAUUACAUGUUCCUUACAUUUGAAUUCAUGGAUACUGCCUUAGGAGGCGCUAUGUAUGGUGCUGCAUUUGUCUUAGCAAUGGAACUAGUUACAGCUGAAGACCGUAAUAUUGGUAACACAGCGAUAAGCUGCGUCUAUGCCUUGGGGCAAGUAAUUCUCGGUGUUAUUGCCUGGAUGACACCGGAUUGGAGGACGAUGAUUAGGAUCUUGUAUUUUCCGGGUCUUCUCUCUAUACUUAUAUGGAUUUUCUUGCCAGAAUCUAUAAGAUGGCUUCUUUCGAAAAACAAACUUCAACAAGCCGGCGAUGCUUUAAGAAACAUCGCAAAAAUAAACGAUAAAGUUUUGUCUCGGGAGGAUCUGGAAAGUUUAAAAAAGAUGUUUAAAGUCAAUGGAAUAAGUUUAGAAGAAACCGAAGCUCAAAAAGCUGAAAACGAAGGGAGCGUAGCUUCGUUCUGGAGUGUACUCAAGAAUCCUGUUUUGCUUGUUAGGACUAUUCAUUGCUCUAUGACGUGGAUUUGUUGCACCUUUGUUUUUUACGGCCUGACCAUUAAUUCGGUAAACAUAUCGGAAAACAUCCACCUCAGUUUUAUUUUCGCCGCGAUGGCAGAGACACCUGGCUACGUCAUAUAUUAUUAUGCAAACGAAAGAUCGGGCAGACGAAAGCUGAUGUUCUACAGCCUGGUUUUAGGGGGUGCAUUCUGUUUGGCCGUGGGAUUCUUGCCAGAUGGUUGGCUGAAAUUGAUAACGUUUUUCUGCGGAAAAUGUUCUUUGACCAUCGCUUAUACUGUGUUAUAUGUAUUUACCACAGAACUAUUUCCUACCUCUUCUAGACAUGCCAUGUUUUCUAUUUGUUCUAUGUUUGGUAGGAUGGGUUCAAUGGUAGCACCCCAAGUGCCAUUAUUAGCAAGGAUCUCUAAAAGAUUACCUCUAUUUUUGUUUAGUUGCAUGUCAUUCACAUUUGGAUUUUUAGCUCUAUUUUUUCCCGAAACUGCGCACAUUGCUUUACCUCAUACCAUUGAAGAUGCUCUCAAUAUUAGUAAACGAAAAACCAGAAAUAAUAAGACUGAAGAAACUUCUUUAGAAAAUACAUUUUAAUGUUACCAUUAUUGGUUGUUUUAUUUUUAGUUGGUUUUAACAAAAA